AUGAAGUGGCCAGAAGAUUUGUUGUUAAAAUCAUCAAUAAAGAAAUUAAUUCAAGCUGAUUGGACAAUUUACAGAGUUAAAACAGAAUUCUUUAUAGUAGAAAAAUUGCCUUACGGCUUGAAAAGCUUUAAGAUUUUCUUCUACCUCUUCUGCAAUGUGGAUGAAAACGAGUUAAACGAUCAUUUAAUAUUAAGAUAUCAAAUUCACUUAAGCAAGUAUCAAUUGCCAUGUCACCAAAAGAGUUUCGACUCGAUGUCGUAUCUUGUUGAAAACACUCAUAAGUUACUUGAGGGAAACAUCUGGCAACAACUUUCAAGACAUUUUCAAGUGACGAUGCAAGAUGAUGUAGUCAGGAGUGAAAAAAUUUUAAUAAAUUUAUUGAAAACUUUUUGGAAUUCUUCUUUUUUGUCUCUCUAUGCUUUACAAUUUUUAACAUUAUGCAUGACCUUUCACACCUCACAUAUUUAA